UGGCGAUAGAAUUUAAUUAAGUUUUCCGCCAGUCUCCGUUAACAGACACACUGCACUAGCGCUACCUGAGAUAGAGAGUAUCCGACAGAUCUCCUUCGCGGUCGUGUGAUUCCGACUCAUUUCCACCGUGUUUGGCCUGUGCGUGUGUCGCUGGAAAAGGGGGAACGCGCGGUGUCCUCUGCGGCGAAGAAUUUCAAUAAAAAAGUUUUUUGCCCCAUUCGCUUCCAGCUUGAACGGCGAAAACCAAGUGGUUGACAUAAGCUCGAAAAUGUCGGUUAAAUUGCUCGUUCUUGUGGUGACGGUUCUGGGAUUGGCCGCUUUUGCAGCGACGACUGUCAAGCUUCCGUUUUCCUUCCAGGCUCAGCAGCCGGCUGAUAGCGACGCAGAAGCUGCGGCAGCGACGGGACCGACGUUCGAACAGCUGGUGGAACAACGGGUGGCGUCCACGUUGCAGGUGGUUAAUGUGCUCGCUGCCAAAUCUAGCGCUCCGGCAGAGGUGAAGGAGGCCGUUGUGGCAAACGCUCAACAAGAGAUGGAUGCUUGUGCGGCUCAGGCCCUGGUGGACAGACUUCCUGGACCGUUCUUUGCCUGCAGCGGACAUGUGAUUAGCAAUGCGAGUAAUGCGCUAAGUGUUGCAUCUUCUUCUGGUGCUGCCUCGGCAAAUUGAGGGUUUUCUUCAUGUGAUAUUCUAGUGCCUUGAAACAUGUGAUAUGAAGCAAUAAAAAUCAAUAAGAUUAUUUUACAAAAUGAAAUAUAAUUAAAAUUAAA